UAUUCCGGUGAUAUUGAAAAGAUGAAAAAAUUGCUUGACAGUGGUGCCGAUCCAAACAAACGUUCAGGUGAUGAAAAACGCACUGCACUACAUUGGGCAGCUUUUUAUCCAUUUCCAAAUCCAAAAUUAGGAGAUCCUCCUAAAUUGAAAGCACUCCUAUCUAUGCUAAUUGAUUUAGUCAACAGACGUGAAGUCGAUAUUAAUUCUAAAGAUAUAAAUGAUGACACACCACUUCACAUAGCCUGUAUGCGUAGUAACAAUGUUGCUAUUCCUAUAUUGUUAUCAUGCAAAGAUGUGCUUAUCAACAAGCGUAAUAAACAUAAAGGAUGGACACCAUUGCACAGAGCUUGUCAAAAUGAUAAUGAAAGAGUUGCUGAGCUUCUUAUGAAAAAAAAGCCUAAUUGCUUAAAACGUUGUAACGAUGGGAUGACACCACUUCACCUUGCUUGCCAGCGUGGUCAUGAUAGAAUUGCCAACGUAAUCUUAUCAUUAUGUUCUGAUGAAGAUAGAAUUAAAAUUUUAGCUGCUAAAGAUAAGAAUAGUUAUACACCACUUCAUAUUGCUUGUGAAAAAAAUGAUAUAGAACUUGCUGAUAUCCUACUAAAACAUGAUGCUGAUCCAAAUAUGUUUAAUGAGAAAAAUUUGACUCCACUAUUCAUUGCAGCUAAAAGUGGCUUUGUGAAGAUUUUGAAACUAAUGCUUAAAAGGGGUCCAAUAGAUGACAUUAAGAAAUGCACUGAUAAUCAUAAACAUAAUGCACUUCAUAUUGCCUGUAAAGGGGGACAUGCACGAGCAGUCAAACUACUGUUGGAGUAUGAUGCAGCUGAGAUUACUGCCUGUAAUAAAGAUGGUCUUAAUCCUUUUGAAAUUGCUAUUAAAAAAGAACAAAAAGAUGCUGCAAUGGCUAUAGUGAAUAGUGAGAAGUGGAGAGAUGCAUUAAUGAAUGUCACCACUGUUAAGCGUAAAAAGAAAGGUAUUUGUCAUCGAUGCAACAGUAGAGGAUGUGUUGAAUGCAACAACAAUGAUGCUUAUACACAAUUCAAAACACCAAUGAGAAGAGCAAUUAAAAAAAUGCCAGCAGGUUAAUAGCUGGAUGUGAC